ACCGGGCGCUUCGCGGGCUGCUCGGCCAGCGGCGCCCCCGUGGUCGUCGGUACCGAGACGGGGGCGCAGCAGGCGCCGCGGAGCGCGCGUGGGAAGCCAGGCUCCUAGUUCGGGUAACCUGGAGAAGCUAAGAUACAGCGGCGCACCUGCUCCGCGUGCGGGCAUGUCCGUUAGAGCGCGUGCGCGUGGCGGCGGCGGGCCCGCCGUGACCGUUAGCGCCUGUGUGGCGACGGCGUGGCCGGCAUACAACUCCUCUUAAUGUGCUCAAGAGGACAACACCCAACAAACAGCUGCAUUUAAGAAAAUGGUAAUGUGAAAAAUACCUUUGAACUGAAGCUCCCUGAGAAACCUGAUUGCAUUAGACCUGCUUUGAGUAGUGGAUUGGAGUGGAUAACCUCUGGAGGUCCCUUCCAACUUUAAUUAUUGUAUGAUUCCCUGAGACUGUUGGCCAACAUUAUCAAAAAACUAUGGAUAAGAAUGUUCAAGAGGAACCAUUUACAGGAGUGAUUAAAUUCACACCUCCAUUGUACAAACAACGUUACCAGUUCAUCAAAAAUUUAGUGGGGAAAUACAAACCUAAGAAGGAGUUCACAGUCCCCUGUACAGUAUCAGGAUUACCUCGUCAUUCACACAGAUAUUCUCAUGUGGCAGAUUUGGGAUGUGCUGACUGUACACUUCUCUGGAUGCUAAAAUUCUGCAGUUGCAUUGAAGUGUUAGCUGGAUUAGAUAUCUGUGAGAAUAUAAUGAAGGAGAAGAUGCAUAGGUUAUCUCCUCUUCCUGGUGAUUAUUUGCAGCCAGCUGAAAGAUCUUUAACUGUUACCUUGUAUCAUGGCUCGGUUGCUGAUAAAGAUCCCUGCAUGCUUGGUUUUGACUUGAUAACAUGCAUUGAAUUAAUAGAGCAUCUGGAAGAAUCAGAGCUUGAAAAGUUUCCUGAAGUGGUGUUUGGUUUUAUGGCUCCUACUAUGAUUGUGAUAAGUACUCCAAAUUCAGAAUUUAACCCGUUGCUUCCAGGAGUGACAUUUUUCAGGCAUCCAGACCACAAAUUUGAAUGGAACCGAGCAGAAUUUCAAAGCUGGGCAUUAAGUAUUGCUAGAUGCUACAAUUACUCAGUGGAAUUUACUGGCGUAGGGUCCCCACCAGCAGGAAUGGAAGAUGUUGGGUUUUGUACCCAAAUAGGUGUGUUUAUAAGAAAAUAUUCCCAAACCAGUGAAACUGCUGAUUUUGAGAAACCCACCAAAGCAACUUACAAAACUGUCUUCAAAGCAGUGUAUCCAAGUCUAAAAGAUGAGAAGUACCUGCAGAAUGCAGUGGUCAAUGAAGUUGUUUUCACAGCACAGGUCAUUCAGCGAAGUCUGCUGGACCAUUUAAAAUCAGAACACGAGGAGUAUAAUGAUGGUCCUGUUGAGAUAAAAUCUAAAUUCCAACAUUCAAGGAGCUGUGUUUCAGAAGAUCUUGAAAAACUGGCUGUUGAAAAAAGCAUGGAGCCAUUUGUCAAUGGAAAUGUGGUUUAUAUACCUCUUGCAAAAAUCUUUUCUUUUCCCAAAGUGAAUCAACUUUGUGGUACAUUUGAGAAGUUAUGCAAGCUUAUUACUGGCAAGGUCACGCUGAGCAGUGAUGGUUCUGCUGUGAUAGUCAAUAUUGAACAUGAAAAUGAGGAGGAGAAUUAGACUGCAGAUUUCUCACACAAAGUUUAGUUAAAGUAAUGAAGGUAUUGUUUUUUGUAGCAUACAGAGCAUAUCAGGCUGGAGCUAACUAGAACUGCAAAAGACAAUUACAUUCAUAUCUAAACCUUCCAGUAUUUACCCCAGUGGUAAAUUAAUGAUUCUGGCAAAGAUCACUAAAACAUGCAGGAUUUUUAGCAGAAGAAUGUCAGGGGUUAAAAAUGAAGGAAUUAAUUCCCAUGAAGAAGCAAAACAAGGUAGUAGUAAUGACUAGACUCUCCUUCAUAAUCUUUUGUUAGCUGCAAGAAUAGUUGAUGAGAAUGUAGAACUGUGUUGUUGUGCUGAAUAAUAUGAGUCAGGCACAGGUUUAGGGCAGAUUUUUCUUAAUAGAAUAAAAUUGCUGGGUGCUGUUUCCAAGCCAGCCUUGGAGAACACUAAACAGUAUUCCAGAUAAACUGAAGUAAGUCACAGAUGGUUAAAGGUCAGUAAAUUCAAUAAUGGGGAAAAAGCACCAUCACCUUGAAUGUAUGUUAGCAGAAAUGGGUAGACUUCCAUGAUUAUUUCUCUAGUUUCUUCUUAACUGCUGCUUGGGAAAUAACUUGCAUGCUGUGACUCUCCAGAAGGUGAAUUUAUUUAAUUUGAAAAUAAUCAGUAUCUCUGACUAUUUUGUUUUUGGAAAAAAACUGUCAUUAUGAAUGGUAAUCUGACCCCAGUGAAUCUAGAAAAAUUCUGCCUUUUCAUGCGCAGUUAUUGUCCAAAAAUUCUUGCAGACUUACUGAGCAGGCAGAAUAGGUAUUAUUGACAGUGGCUUGGCCAACAUAACUGCUUUUCUAAGUAGAUUUGAAUUGUAUGUCUAAAUGCGUAGCAAGCAAAUGUUAGAGUCCUGACUUCUGAAGACUGAAAUGUUGUAGGGUGCACAGGAUUGGCAUAUUUUUACAGGUGUAGUACAGUUGCACACUGUAAUUUUUUGAGUUUCUUUUCAUACCUGAAAUAUAUAAUCUUAAUAUCUUACCCCAAGUAUUUCUUAAGAGUAAAGAGAUGAUUAAUUAAAAGGCCUCACUCCAUAUAUAUAUUCCAUGAUUUCUUUAGCAGCUUUGAAUGAGCAAUUAUUAUAGAAACUGACAUCACGUUUGUGAAAUUUGAAAAUUUCAUAACUUUCCGAAGAACAAAAUGUGUGUAAUGGCUGACUGUAUUCUACCUUCUAAAUAUCUGGUAUUUGCUUGAAUUGGUUAAAGACCAGGCAUAAAGGGAAGUGUCUCUGAACUGAGGGAAGGUUAAUCUGUAACUAACUCAGUGUCUGAGUUUCAGAGAAAGUAGAAUGAUGCGUGCUGAUCUCAUACAGAAUGAUUAAAAAAUGCUCACUUAAUCUCUUUUGUGGGAUAAUUUUCUCUCACAAUAGUGGCUUAUUAUAAAUUAUUUUUAAUACAAUAUUUAGAAUAUUUUUAAACACUGUGAUAUAACCUGCCAUACCUUGUACAUUAAAAUAUAUUUACCAAUUUUGAAUUUUAAGUAUUCUUUGGACACUAAUAAAUGUAGCUGUUUGA